GCCACCUCUACCCUUUGCACUUCCACCACUUGCCACUGUUCCCUCCUUAUUCCAUUCCACUAAGCUCGGUAGCUCAUUGGCCUUCCUCAAUCACCAUGGCCAAACCUGCCAAGAAGGGCUCUGCCGGCUCCUCCUCACGGCAGCACGCGCCCAGCGUAUCCGACCCCCGCUUCAAUCGUCUGCAGACGGACCCCCGUUUCCUCCGCCCCCAAAAGGAAGCCUCAAAGGUACUCGUCGACGACCGAUUCCGCGGACUCCUCGAUGGCAAGGAUUUUGGUAUCAAUCAGGAUGGAAAGAAAGGGAGAAAUAUUGAUAGAUUUGGAAGGAAGAAGGGAAAGGGGAGUAAGGAAGAGGAGGAGAUGAAGAGGCUUUACAGGCUUGAGGAGAAGCGGAGCGCUCAAGACGCCGAGGAGAGUGGAGAGGAGGAUGAGGAAGACGACGAGGAAGAGGAAGAAUCCGAGGGCGAUGAAGGAUUCGUGGACUAUGCUAGAGGAGCAGCAGACCUCGAAUCUUCCAGCGACGAGGAUUCCUCCGAGGACGAUGAAGACGAAGACGAGUCGAGCGAAGAGGAAGACGAUGUUGCCAUUGGCUCCUCGAAUCUGCUGCGAAAGGAGCGCAGAAGGCAAAGAGCUCGAGGCUCAUCGGCUUCCGACAGCGAUUCAGAACAGGAUGAAGACGAUGAAAGCGUCUCUUCCGUCGAUCCCAAGAUUCUCGCUCAAUUGGACGCCGAAGCAGCGGCAGCUAUUCGCCAAGGCGAGGCAGAAGGCUCUUCGGACGAAGAAGGGGCCGCUGCUUCAUCCAGCAAAGCAUCCAAGAGGGAGCGCCGCAAGAAGAGGGAGGAGAAGGUGCCGCUCGGAGGGGAGACCCGCCGGCUGGCCAUUGUCAAUCUCGAUUGGGAUCACGUGAGGUCCCUCGAUCUCUACAAGAUCUUCUCUUCCUUGGUCUCGCCCCUUGCCACACGCCUCCCAGGUACGACAAGUGCCUUGGAUGCUGAAGACGGUAGCGGCAAGUUGAGGCGCAACCAGGCUUCAAUCCAAGUCAGGGGCACUGUGGAGCAAGUGCGAGUAUACCCUUCUGAGUUUGGUCAGGAGAGGAUGAAGAAGGAGGACAUCGAGGGUCCUCCAAAGGACAUCUUCAAGAGCGGACAAGAUGCUGCAGAGUCGUCUAGCAAGUCAAAAAAGAAACGCAGCAGCAAGGGCAAAGGCAAGAGACGCGACGCAGAUGAGGACAGUGACGACAGCGAUGUGGUGUUCGAGGUCGAUGAUGGAGGAGAAUUCGACGAGGAGGCUCUUCGCAAGUACCAGCUGGACCGACUGCGAUACUACUAUGCCGUCGCCACAUUCGACUCAGCUGCUGCCGCUCGUCACGUCUACGACGAGGUAGAUGGAACCGAGAUGGAGCGGACGGCCAACGUCUUCGACUUGCGCUUCGUACCCGAUGGUAUGGAAUUCCCGAGUCAUCCGAUCAGCGAAGGCGAUGAUGGCUGGAGGGACGAGGCUAAGCCUGGCAUCGACGACAAUGUCACUUACAAGGGUGUAGAUUGGGCAACGGAUGCGCUGCGUCACUCCAAAGUCAGGCUGACCUGGGAUGCUCCGGAUCCUGAGAGGCAGAAAAUCAUCAGACGGGCCAUGACCAAGGAUGACCUGAGAGACGAUGACUUCAAGGCAUACCUCGCCUCUGACACUGAAGAUGACGACGAUGAAGAUGCGGCUGCACAAGGCAAUGGCAAAGCAGCAGCAGGGCGAGAUCGCUUCCGAGCUCUGCUCGGCAUGGACGAUGGUGCUGGCGCGACUGCCUUUUCAAAGAAGAAGCACGCCUCUGCUUUUCAGGAUGGACGCGGAUCAGACGAUGAGGGGGCCGCUCAAGGAGACAUGGAGAUUACCUUCCUCCCGGGUCUAUCGGAAGCUGCUGCUCGCAAGGCCAAGGGCAAUGUCAAUAAGGAGGAUGGCGAGGAGACUACGCUGGAGAAGUAUCUCAGGAAGCAGAGGGAGAAGAAGGAGAGGAGAAAGGCAGCCCGGGAAGGCGAAGGAGAGGAGGAAGAAGAAGCUACUCUCAGCAAGCCCAAGGAGAGCGAUCUGGGCUUCGAUGACCCCUUCUUUGCCAGUGGCGGCGAGGAGGAGGACGUGGAUCUGGACGAAGCUCUUGCGCAAGAGAACAGAAAAUCCUCUUCUAAAGCAGACAAGAAGAAGCCAUCGAAGAAGUCAAAGGAGGCCAGGGAUGACACCACGGCAAGGGCCGAUGAGCUUGCCUUGCUCGUCGACUCGGAAGAGGCUGAUGGUGGUCGCAACCACUUCGACAUGAAAGACAUUCUCAAGUCCGAGUCCAAGUCGGGCAAGAAGCUGAACAGAUGGGAGCGCAAGAAGGCCAAGAAGGCUGGCCUCGAUGCAGUCGCCGGAUCAGGCCCUGCUGCUGCUGCUCGAGUGGGUGCAGCUCAAGAUGGGUUCAAGCUGGACGUGAAUGACGCUCGAUUCGGCGAUUUGAUGUCGAAUCAUGAGUACGCUCUCGAUCCUACACACCCGAGCUUCAUGAAGACGGACAAUAUGAAGAAGCUCAUGGAGGAGAGAAGAAAGCGCUCUGCCCGUGAGGGGGGUGAAGACGGAGAGGCGCAACUUGGAGGAGGUGGAGGAGGCAAGAAGAGAAAAGGCAAUGAAUCCCAGGGAGGAGGAGGAGAUGCUUCUGAGCUGCUGCGCAACCUGAAAAAGAGGCAGAAUGGUCAGAUGGGCAAAGCCAAAAAGGGCACCAAGUAGAGUUGCCCUGAUGUGUGACUCACCAUAAUCUCAAAUGUACUUGUGCC